AUGCCAGUUAUCACACUAAAUGGAAGGUUCGAGAUUCUAUCUCUGUCCGGCGCAUUUUUGCCUGCCCCGUCGCCGCCUGGGGCCACUGGGCUAACUGUGUAUCUCGCCGGCGGCCAAGGGCAGGUUGUUGGUGGAGCUGUGGUGGGUUCACUGGUGGCGUCGGGUCCUGUGUUGGUAAUUGCAGCGACAUUCGCUAAUGCCACUUAUGGGAGAUUACCACUUGAGGAUGAGCCAUCCGGGGAAGAAGUUGAAGCGAAAACACAGCAGCAAUCAGCAGGAGUGAAUUCAGCAACUUCUGGGCCUCCUCCUUCAGCAUCUCAAGCUUUGAACGAACAAGUUUCGAUGCCUAUGUUCUAUAAUUUGCCUCCAAAUUUGCUACCAAACAAUGAUCAAAUGCAACAAGACGUGUUCUGGGGGAAUCCUGUUCGCCAUCAUCCUCCUUACUGA